AUGAGAUGCUCAUGGUAUAGAAUAGUGGAUAUUCUAGGCUUAGUUACUCUAGUGUAUCUACCAAUACUUGUCAAAGCUUCAGAAAAUGCAUCAUUUCUGGAAGUGGUAGUGGAAUUAGUACAGCCUGUUGAUUUCUCACCUGUCAUACCGGUCUUUGUUCUUUCAAAUGACACUAUUCCAGCAUCUAAUGAACUCCAACUAUUGCUACUGCAAUCGCCUGCUACACUGUAUCCAUCAGGAACAUCCCAAGAACAACCUAGAAAUGAUUCUGUCUUGGAUGAUUGUCAUUUCAUGUCGUUUGAAGAGUGGAAAAAACAGAAAAUUAUAGAAUCAAACAACACACCACCAUCAUCCCAUUCCAACCAGUCUAUUAAUAAUACAGAUAUAAAAUUGGUCAAUACAACUAUUCAUAAGAACUCUACGGCAUCAAGCACAAAUAUAACUUUGGUUGAGGCUGAUGGGAAAGUCUAUAAAGAUAAAUUCAAUUUUGCAUCCGUUGAUUGUGCUGCGACUAUUGUUAAAACCAAUGCUAAAGCCAAGGGUGCAUCGGCAAUACUCAAAGAAAAUAAGGAUUCAUAUCUAUUAAACGAGUGUUCUGUGCCGAAUAAAUAUGUGAUUAUAGAAUUAUGUCAGGAUAUUUUGGUGGAUCUGGUGGUUAUUGGGAAUUUUGAAUUUUUCUCAUCCAUGUUUAAAGAUAUCAGAGUCAGUGUAAGUGAUAGAUUCCCAUCACAGGCUUGGAAAGAAUUGGGUCAGUUUACAGCAGAGAAUAUUCGUGAUGUUCAGAGUUUUAAAAUACAGAACCCAUUGAUCUGGGCACGAUAUUUGAAAUUAGAAAUAUUGAGUCACUAUGGAAAUGAGUAUUACUGUCCAAUAUCAAUCGUUAGAGUUCAUGGUAAGACUAUGAUGGACGAAUUCAAAGAAGAUGAAGAAAAACUGAAAGAAAAUUUAGAGAGAAAAGAAGUAGAAGGAGAAGAAGAAGUGGCAACACCACAAACCAUAGAAAAUGAAGACAUUUUAUUGAUUAAUCAAUCAACAUUAAAUGAAUGUCGUGUUAUCAUGCCUCAUUUGCAAUUGAAUGAGUUUUUGAAAGAUUUGAAUACAACUGAAACAGAGCUGUGUGUGGUUGUUACUAGUGAUUCCUGUGACCCACAAGCUAGUACCACACAAGUUUCAUCAGCAACAGUUGCCACUCAAGAAUCCAUCUAUAAGAAUAUAAUGAAACGAUUAGCCUUGUUGGAGUCAAAUGCUACAUUAUCAUUGCUUUACAUAGAAGAGCAGCUGAAACUAUUAUCCACAGCAUUUGCCAAUUUAGAAAAACGUCAAUCAUCCAACUUCAAUUCAUUGAUUAGUUCAGUUAACGUAACUUUGAUUAACCAGUUGAAUUCUUUUAAAGAAUCAUACAACAAUCUCCAUGAUCAAUAUAAUAACUUAUUCAAAAUUCAGCAAAAUAGUCAUCGACAAAUCAUGCUUGGAACAAACAAGAAAAUAAACCAGUUAGUUAAUGAUUUGACAUUCCAAAAACGAGUGUCGAUAUUUAAUACCAUUAUCAUUAUAUGUUUGCUAGUUUACGUGAUACUCACUCGUGACGUUGAUAUCGAAAUUCAAGAGGAUCAUGAUAUAGAAGAGGAUGAAGAAGUGUUGGUUACUGAUGAAAAAGAGAUGGACUACCCAGAAGAAACACCUCUGAAACAGGAAACCGUAUCAUUAUCAUCCCCUUUUAAUCCACAAAAGAAAAAGCUGAAAAAGCAACGUCAGAAAAGUUAA